AUGGCAUCUCUAUUGGUCUAUGUUCAUAUCUAUCUAUCUAUCUAUCUAUCUAUCUAUCUAUCUAUCUAUCUAUCUAUCUAUCUAUCUAUCUAUAAAUUCAUCUCUUCUUUCUAUCUUUCUUUCUAUUCUUUUUUUAUUGCUUUCUUCUUUCUUUCUUUCUUUCUUUCUUUCUUUCUUUCUUUCUUUCUAUCAAUUCUUUUUCUUUCUUUCUUUCUUUCUUUCUUUCUUUCUUUCUUUCUUUCUUUUAAAAACUUCCAAUUUGACUUUGAAAUCCCUCUUUUCUGUCGAUUUCAUUUUCCCGACAUUUUCCCAUUAAAUUCCGUUUCUGUGUUUCUUUCAUCCCCCAAUUCGAUUCUCUUCUUCAUCUUUAUUGUUGUUGUUGUUUUUCUUUCUUUCUUUCUUUUCUUUCUUUCUUUCUUUCUUUCUUUCUUUCUUUACUCAUUUAAAUUUUAUUUCGUUUCCUGUUUGUUCUUAUCUUUCAUUCUUUACAUCUGUAAUCAAUUCAACAUUUUCUUCGUUGCCAUUACAAGUCUUUCUUUUCUUUCUUUCUUUCUUUCUUUCUUUUACUUAUUUUUGUCGCAAAAUGUUAUCUUUUUUUCUUUCUUACCAAUUACAAGUUUUUUUCGCCAUAACAACGAUUUCUUUCUUUCUUUAGUUCGUUCUUUCUGUUUCAUUUCUUUCUUUCUUUCAUUCUUUCUUUCUCUUAUUCUUUCUUUCUUUCUUCUUUUACUUAUUUCUGUUGCAAAUGUUAUUGUCUUUUUUCUCUUUCUCCCCAUUACAUGUCUUUUCUUUCUUUCUUUCUUUCUUUCUUUCUUUCUUUCUUUCUUUCUUUCUUCGAAACUAUCUUCAUUGAAUUUUCUGCUUUUCAAAACUUACUCUUUCUUUGCUUUUCUUAUUUCGUUUUUCUUUUAUUUAUUUUUAUUGCCAAUUUCUGUUACGGAUUCUUUCUCUUUCUUCCUAUUACCACUCUUUUUUCAUAAGGAUUUUUCUUUCUUUCUUUCUUUUAAUUCCUUCUGUUUCUUUUCUUUUUUGUUUCUUUUUUUAUUUUACAUUCCUCUUCUCUCUGUUACUUCUCUUUCUUUCCCUUCCUCCUUCUUCUUUCUUUCUUUUCUUUCUUUCUUUCUUUUUUCUUUUCUUUUCUUUUUUCUUUUCUUUUCUUUCUUUCUUUCUUUCUUUCUUUCUUUUCCAUUAUCCCGCCUCUCCCCCCGAUCCGUUCUCACGUCUCUUUUCUCCGUAUCGGUCGCUCGCUUCACUCACCUAUCGCCUUUGUCAUGCGACCCUGGCAAUUUGUGCACCCGUCCCCUCCAGUUCCGACUUAUUUUUCGCUGUCGACUCCACCUUUUCGGUGGGGCGUUGGAUCUCCACCCUAUUCUUAGUGGCCAGCCUUUUUCUUCAAACCUCACUGUCAGUUUCCUUUUCCUCAACCCUCUAGAGCACCCCCACCCCAAAGUUGGGCCUAUCGUCAGCUUUCAUGUCACCCGCCUUCGCUUUUAUCAGCCGCUAUUAUUUGGGGCGGGUAGUUCGGAGCGUAUGGCAUUUUGGGAGCGAGACAGUAUUGAAGUAGGAGGUGAAAGAGAUCGUUACUGGUGA